AUGCACGUACAAUCACUUCUGCUGGCUUCUGGCCUCGUGCCUCUGGCCGCUAGCCAGGGCUGCCCUUUUGCCAAGCGCGCCACGGACACUAAUCUCGUCCCGCCGCGAGAAAUCCCCGAGGACUUUGGCAUCUGCCGCGUCGCUAGCAACCAGGCUGGUGGCGGUACUCGAUCCAGGGACUUUUGGCCUUGCGCUCUGCGAUUGGAUGUGUUGAGGCAGUUUUCACCCCAGUAUAACCCAUUGGGUGCUGAUUUCGACUACACCGAGGCUUUUAAGUCUCUGGACUUUGCUGCCCUGAAGAAGGACCUCAACGCGCUCCUCACUGAUUCUCAGGAUUGGUGGCCUGCUGACCAUGGUAACUAUGGUGGUCUCUUCAUUCGUAUGUCAUGGCACAGCGCUGGUACAUACCGCGCAAUGGAUGGCCGAGGUGGCUCCGGAAUGGGUCAACAAAGAUUCGCACCUCUCGACAGCUGGCCCGACAACCAGAACUUGGACAAGGCCCGUCGUCUGCUCUGGCCCAUCAAGCAAAAGUACGGCAGCAAGAUCUCAUGGGCUGACUUGAUCGUCCUCGCCGGCAACGUUGCCCUCGAGCACAGCGGCUUCGAGACCCUCGGUUUCGCCGGUGGUCGCGCUGACACCUGGGAGGCCGAUGAGUCCAUCUACUGGGGAGCCGAGUCCACCUUUGUCCCCAAGGGUAACGACGUUCGCUACAACGGUAGCACAGACAUUUACGAGCGUGCCGACAAGCUCGAGAAGCCCCUUGGUGCUACGCACUUUGGUCUCAUCUACGUCAACCCCGAGGGUCCCGAUGGAAGCUCUGACCCCAAGGCUUCUGCUCUUGAUAUCCGUACUGCUUUUGGCCGUAUGGGUAUGGACGAUGAGGAGACUGCUGCUCUCAUCAUUGGUGGCCACACCCUGGGCAAGACUCACGGUGCUGUUCCUGCUAAGAACAUUGGCCCUGAGCCCAUGGCUGCUGACCUUGGAGAGAUGGGUCUUGGCUGGCACAACAGCGUCAACGAGGGUAACGGUCCUGACCAGAUGACCAGCGGUCUUGAGGUUAUCUGGUCCACCACUCCCACCAAGUGGAGCAACCACUUCCUCAAGUCUCUUCUCGGCAACAACUGGACCCUCGUCGAGAGCCCCGCUGGACACAAACAAUGGGAGGCUCUCAACGGCAAGCUCGAGUACCCCGACCCCUUCGUCAAGGGCAAGUUCCGCCGCCCCACCAUGCUCACUAGCGAUCUCGCCCUCAUCAACGACCCCUCGUACCUCAAGAUCUGCAAGCGUUGGCACGACAACCCCAAGGAGAUGAAUGCUGCAUUCGCUCGCGCCUGGUACAAGCUCCUCCACCGUGAUCUCGGCCCUGUUUCUCGCUACCUCGGACCCGAGGUCGCUAAGGAGAAGUUCAUCUGGCAGGAUCCUCUCCCUGAACGAAAGGGCGACAUCAUCGGUGAGGCUGAGAUCUCUAGCCUCAAGUCCACUAUCCUCUCUACUGAUGGUCUUGAUGUUUCUAAGCUUGUUUCUACUGCUUGGAAUUCUGCUUCUACUUUCCGUGGAACUGACAAGCGUGGCGGUGCCAACGGUGCCCGUAUUGCCCUUGAGCCUCAGGUCAGCUGGGCCAGCAACAACCCUAAGCAGCUUAAGCAGGUUCUCUCUGCCCUGAAGAAGGUCCAAAAGGACUUCAACGCCAAAUCCGGCUCCAAGAAGGUCUCUCUCGCUGAUCUGAUUGUCCUCGGUGGUGUUGCUGCUAUUGAGAAGGCUGCUCAAGCCGCUGGCUUCAAGGACGUCGAGGUUCCUUUCACUCCUGGCCGUGUUGAUGCUACCCAGAACCAGACCGAUCUCGUCCAAUUUGGUUACCUUGAGCCUCUUGCUGAUGGUUUCCGCAACUACGGACAUGGCACUGCCCGUGCCCGCACUGAGGAGAUUCUCGUUGACCGUGCUGCUCUUCUUACACUUACUCCUCCCGAGAUGACCGUCCUCGUCGGUGGUCUCCGUGCUUUGAACGCCAACUACGACGGUUCUUCCAACGGCAUUCUCACUGAGAAGAAGGGCCAGCUGACCAACGACUUCUUCGUCAACCUUCUCUCCCCCGCCUACUCGUGGGCCAAGAAGGACGACCGUGGUGAGCUCUGGACCGGCACUGACCGCUCCACCAAGUCCGUCAAGUGGACUGCUACCCGCGCUGAUCUGGUCUUCGGAUCUCACGCUGAGUUGCGUGCUAUCUCCGAGGUCUACGGUAGCGCUGAUGCGAAGGAGAAGUUUGUGAAGGAUUUCAUUUCUGCCUGGACCAAGGUCAUGAACCUGGACCGCUUUGAUGUCAAGGCUGAGAAGUACAACCCCGCAGCACUUGAUAAUGUGCUUGGUUCACUCUCAACAGGCUUUACGACAUACAGAAUGGGACAACUACUGGACCUCCCAGAUGAGAUACUCACUGAUAUCUGCACUCUCAUAUGCGAUUCGGAUCGUCUCGCGCUGCUCCAAGUCACAUAUGCCAAUAAGAGAUUGUACAGAAUUGCCUCACCGCUUGUCGUCCGCCAUUGGCCGUUCUAUCGGUCGACCUCGCACAGCCAAGCAUCUGCUCAGUUUGCAAUGCAUCUCGUUCGAAAUCCUGACCUCCAAAGGAACGUCAAAUCAUAUGGCGAGCUUGAUGAACUUGCUACAGCAGCGCGUCAACGUUAUCCAGAGCUCGCCGAUGAUACUCAAUGGUGUGGAGGGUUGAUCUACGGAUGGGCAGACCAUGUCGCAGCACUUCUCGUGGUUUUAUAUACCAGAGUCGAGAGCCUGGAUCUUAUCAUUCCACAUGAUCUAGGGUCAAGACUGCUGGUGCUAAAACUUGUGUGUUUAGCUCUUAGGCAUAAUGGUCCCCAACGGCCAUUAGAGAACAUUAAACUCGCCGUGAUCAGAUGGCACCGCGAUGACAAUCCCGGUAAUAUUCAAUGUGCGGCACCAUUCUUCCACCUUCCGAAUGUCAAAACUCUUGCUCUCUCGGCGUUAUCUGACGAGAUACCGAUCAGAAGCAUCUCAGAUGAGAAGGACCAGGGCGAACAUGUCAGACUGUGCUUGGAUCCUGAUAUCUAUGAGACACGGCUCCCUGUUGGGACUUCGCCUAUUGAGGAGUUAUUCUUAAACUCCGCUUGCCUCACGAACGAAGGACUGCUCACUGUUGUUAGCGCCUGCAAACGACUGAAGAAGCUCGUCUUCACUUGGAGAAACCCCUCCAGAAUGAGCGAGGAUGGACAUGACAGCCUCACUCUCACUCGACAAGCGUUGCUCCUCCAUGCAGCAACUUUGGAGGAGCUCGCUUUCGAUCUUAUUACGCACCGCUUCAGGCAUGACUCGGCUUUAUUAGAGAACGCGUCUCAGGCGCGUUUUGAAUGCUUCAAAGAGUGCUUUAAACAUAUGAUCAAGCUGAAGCGCCUCACCAUGGAUAUUCACGUUCUCAACUAUCGUGAUGUUUCCCGAAACGAGGAAAUGCUGGAUUUCUUACCAAGAUCACUUGAGCAUCUUGGUCUCGAAUGCGAUCUCCCGUGUGAUCAGCCAAUUGUUCUGGAGCAUGUCGAACGACUUUAUAUGGUUGUUUGUGUCUGGUGA